AUGGCGCUCCCUAAUUGCCGACCCUUUCUUCAUCAACAACCAACUUCUUAUCAACCGGCAAGGUUGUUCUACCGGUAUCGACAAUCGUUGUUUUCUCUCCUCAAGUCCUAUAAAGUAGUUUUUGGUGACAAACAUUUUUAUUCAUUAUAUUGUUGCAAAACAUUCACGGAGCAGAAGCAACUCAAAGUUCCAAAUAUCAUCGAGGGAUGGCCCUACAUGAUCAUUGGUUCUUGUAAUGGCCUACUCUGCCUCUUUAUGAGUAACCGAGCGAGAUUGGGAUAUUCUCGUGUCCUUCUCUUAUGGAAUCCUUCAAUCAAGAAAUUCAAGAUCCUGCCGAAGCCUCGCUUCCAAUCUCGUUCCUCUUACGAACUAGCUCACGGGUUCUCGUUCGUCCCCCGAGCUAAUGAUUAUAAGGUCGUUCGACUUAUUCACGACAAGGUCCAAGGCUCUCCAAAAGUCGAGAUCUACACUCUGAGCACAAAUUCUUGGAGGACGUGGAUAGGUGAUGGCGUUCGAUGUGUCAUGACAAAUCAUUGCCGCCCUGCGUCUGUUAACGGAGCUGUCCAUUGGAUAGCACGAAAAAAGAGUGGCAAUCCGAUUUACUCAAUUUUGAUAAUUGGAUUCCAUAUGGAGGAUGAGGUUUUCAAAGAGAUACCGAUCCCUGGAUAUGACCUUCCCCUUCCCACCAGCCACCUGUGUGAAUUUCUUUCCGUAGUAGGCGAAAAACUUGCUUAUUUUGUCAACUGCAAAAUAAUAGAGGGCGUUGUAUCAUGGGACUUGUGGGUGUUGGAGGACUAUGGUGUUGCAGAGUUUUGGACUAAGUUGCAUACCAUAAGACUACAUACUAUUGAGAGUUUAUCAUACCCUUUACCGUCUCUAAAGGAGGGUGAAAUUCUUUUUGGCAGGUUGAACAAUGAGGAAUUGUACUCGUAUGACAUGGAAAGGCAAGAAAUUAAGGAGAUUGGAGUGGAUGGAGUGCAUGAUGUGAUAAAUUACACUGAGAGCCUAGUUUUGCUUAAUGAAGGAAUUCAUGAUUCUAGUGAUGCAAUGUUAGAUUUCGAGGAGGAGGAGGAGGAGGAGGAAAUGGAAUUAGUGUAA